UGCCAGAGUUUAGUCUCGCGGGCGAGUGACGUCAUCCACGCUAGAGGGGCGGGGUGGUGGGCGGUGGGCGGGAGACUGCCAACGGUUUUCAGAGUGGAGUACUGCGUGCGGAGAGGGGUCUUUGUCUUUCCUGACUCGAGCUCAGGGGAGGGGGGCAGUCCUUUCCACCUUGGUAAAUUCGGAGGUGGGGUUUGAGGUACGGAGAGUAGUAGGAACAGGGUGGUCGCCGUAGAGAUCUCAGGCUAGUUGUAGCGCGAGAUACUUACGGGGGACGUCUGAGCGUGAGACUGAGGGUUCGCAAGGUUUUUUCUGAGGUGAUGGGAGCGAUCCUCAGGAUCCCUGCUAUGGCUUUCUUGUCAGGAGGGUUUAGAGGGAGUAUAGAAGGGAUUUGACCCGAGGAACGUCAGGAGGGUAGGGCGAGGCGUGAGGUCGUGCUUGUCUUGACAGUGGAACCAGCUGAGGGACGGACACUGAGGUCCAUUUUCAGUUUGCACGUUCUGGGCGUGAGAACUGAAGAACUCAGUUGGCCGGGGGACGCCUGUGCCAGAGCUGACCUGCAGCUUCCAGCACUCUAGUUGCGUGGAAGAACUGCACUCCUGUUGCCCGCUACCCCCCCCCCCCAGUGGGUUUUUGGUCCCAGCCCUCUGUAUGCAUCCUCUUCCGCCGUCCCCAGGAGCUGGGAAAAGGGGUGCCUUUGCUCUUUCCAUGGCCCCUGGAACCAGAAGAAACCUCUCCUUUAACCAGAAAGCCUUAAUAUCUUUAUUCACCAACGAUCCACAAAGGAUCUUCCCCCUCUUCUCCCAUAACUUCUUUCUCUGUUAACUUUACUCCCGGACUCUCCUAAAGCUGAACCAGAAGUUCCCAGCUUUCUGCUGUUUCUAGUUGUCUUCUCCCUGUACUCAUGGCCGCAUCAACUACCAGCCCCAGUUCACCCCUCCAGGCAGAGGAUCUCAUGAGUGAGUCAUCAGAACCCUCUGGACUGAACCAGGUGUCCUCUGAGGUGACCUCGCAGCUCUAUACUUCUUUGCACCUCAGCCGUCAGGCAGAGGCCACCGCAAGAGCUCAGCUGUAUUUAGCCUCUGCCUCCCCACCUCCCCAUGAGGCCUUAGAUGGCCUGGCCCAAGAGCUGAGUCGCAGCUUGUCAGUCGGAUUGGAGAACAACUUGAAGAAAAAGGAUGGUUCUAAACAUAUCUUUGAGAUGGAAAGUGUUCGGGGUCAACUCCAGACCAUGCUCCAAACCUCACGUGAUGCAGCCUAUCGUGCUGGCUUAGACAAACGGGAAGAGGAGUCCUUUGACAGUGACAGCACAGCUACCUUGCUCAACACCCGGCUCCUGCAAGACUUAUCUCCGUCCAGCUCAGCACAAGCUUUGGAAGAGUUGUUUCCCCGCUAUACCAGCCUUCGGCCAGGGUUCCCAAUUAAUCCCCCAGAUUUUCAGGGGCUAAGAGAUGCACUGGAUUCAGAGCAUACCCGUCGUAAGCAUUGUGAACGCCACAUUCAGAGUCUGCAGACCCGAGUGCUAGAGCUACAGCAACAGUUAGCUGUGGCUGUGGCUGCCGACCGCAAGAAAGAUAUCAUGAUUGAACAACUGGACAAGACCCUGGCCCGAGUGGUGGAGGGCUGGAAUCGGCAUGAAGCCGAACGGACAGAAGUGCUUCGGGGGCUGCAAGAGGAACGCCAGGCGGCAGAACUCACCAGAAGCAAGCAGCAAGAAACAGUAACCCGCCUAGAACAAAGCCUUUCAGAGGCCAUGGAGGCCCUAAAUCGCGAGCAGGAAGGUGCCAGACUGCAGCAACAGGAAAGAGAGGCGCUGGAAGAGGAAAGGCAAGCUCUGACCCUCAGCUUGGAGGUUGAACAGCAGCGGAGCCAUGCCCUGCAGGAAGAGCGGGAUGAGGCUCGGGCUGGGCAACUCAGUGAGCAUCGGAAGCUGGAGACCCUUCAGGUUGCCCUGGAAGAAGAGCGGCAGGCCUGGGCCCAGCAAGAACACCAGCUGAAGGAGCGCAUCCAUACACUGCAGGAGGAGGGCCAAACUCAGCUGGAAAGGGAAAAGGGGAACAGCCAGAGGGAGGCCCAGGCAGCCCGGGAAGCCCAGCAGCAGUUGGCAUUGGUGCAGUCUGAGGUGCGGCGGCUAGAAGGGGAGCUGGACACGGCUCGGAGAGAGAGAGAUGCCCUGCAGCUGGAGAUGAGCUUGGUGCAGGCCCGGUUUGAGAGCCAGCGGAUCCAGAUGGAGUCAGAGCUGGCUGUGCAGCUGGAGCAGCAGGUGACCGAGCGGUUGGCACAGGCUCAGGAGAGCAGCCUACGGCAAACGGCCUCCCUGAGGGAACAUCACAGGAAGCAGCUGCAGGACCUUAAUGGACAGCACCAGCAGGAACUGGCCACUCAGCUGGCUCAGUUCAAAGUGGAAAUGGCAGAACGGGAGGAACGGCAGCAGCAGGUGGCGCAGGACUAUGAGCUCAGACUGGCACGGGAGCAAGCUCGAGUGCGAGACCUGCAGAGUGGUAACCAGCAGCUGGAGGAGCAGCGGAUGGAGAUGGUAGAACGGCUCCAGGCCAUGUUGCAGGCCCACUGGGAUGAGGUCAACCAGCUGCUCAGCACCAUCCUCCCGCCUCCUAACCCUCCGGUUCCUCCCACUGGGCCCUCCAGCUCUGAUCCCCCAGAACCAGAGAAGGGGGAGAGGAGGAUCUGGACCGUGCCUCCUGUGGCCGUGGCCCUGAAGCCCGUGUUGCAGCAGAGCCGGGAAGCAAGGGACGAGCUGCCUGGAGUGCCACCUGUCGACUGCAGUUCCUCCCCAGACCUUAGCCUCCUGCUGGGCCCCUCUUUCCAGAGCCAGCAUUCCUUCCAGCCCCUGGAACCCAAACCAGAUCUCACUCCACCCAUAGCUGAAGACUUCUCUGCACUCGGGGCCUUCCAUCCAGAUCACAGGGCAGAACGGCUGUUACCUGAGGAAGAUCUAGCGUCUGAGGGAGACGGCUUCCUAAAGCAAGGGCUGCCACCUGCUUCUCAGCUGGAGGGCCUCAAGAAUUUUUUGCAGCAGCUGCUGGAUACGGUACCCCAGAACAGCGAGAGCCCCUCUGUUGACCUGUUGCCUACCAAGUGUGGUCCCCGGACUGUGCCGUCUUGGGAGGAAUCCUCUCACGUGCCACGCCUUCCCCCUCCUGUCCAUAAAACCAAAGUUCCUUUAGCCUUGGCAUCUAGUCUUUUCCGAGUCCAUGAGUUUCCCUCUUCCCACUCACAAGGCAGUGGUCCCAGCGCAGGCUCCCCAGAGAAAGGUGCAGACGGGCUCAGCUCCUCGAGGCAGCUGAUGGAGGUGUCCCAGCUGUUAAGACAGUACCAGGCUCGGGGCUGCGGGGCUCUGCCUGCCGAGGAUCUGCUGCUGUACCUGAAGAGGCUGGAACACAGCGGGACUGAUAGCCGAGGGGAGAGCGUCCCCAGAAGGAACCCAGACUCCCGCUUGGCUGAGAUCUCCCGGAAGGAGAUCCCUUCCCAGGCUGUCUCUCGCCGCCUUGCUACAGUUCCUAAGACUGAAAAACCCCCUGCUCGGAAGAAAAGCAGCCACCCUCCUCCUAGCAGCGUGAAGGGGCGGGGUGGGAUCUGGAGAUGAGCCGCUGCCCUUUCUCCUCUGCUUUGUUCUCUUCUGGUGGUUAUUUUAAUAAAUGCUUAGUAGUCUGUAUUAGGGUCUCUGACUCAGAGCAAUUUGGAAAAUGGAGGUUUUUGUAGGAAACUACUUUGUGAGGAAGCCUUUUUCUGUUGGAGUAUGUUUUUUAUAUGUUGUGUAUUUAUGUGUUAUUUCCUCUGGGAAGUGGUGUAUUUUGAAACAAGAUUUGUGUGUGACUAGACUUCUGAAGUUCAAGUGAGCUACAGAUCAGUGUUUAAAGAGUAAAAUGUACUGGGUGGUUGAUUGCUGGUGGAAUUAUGGAUGGUUAUUUCUUUUUUAUAAAUUUUUGUAUUUUCCAAGUUUUCUAAAACAAGUGUGUUACUUUAAUAAUCAGAAAAAGAUCUUUUAAUAAAGUAGUUAUUGUGUAAAA